GAUCAAAUUCUUGUGGGUGCCACCAUUUUUACUUCUAAGCUACCCUGAAACAUACAAGAAGCUAAGGGAAAGGAGGGGAAGAAAAGAAAUAAUGGAUCCAUCUCACUUCCACACAAGAGAUUUCAACCUCCACCACUUCCACUCGGAAGAAGAUCAAGGUGACAUCGGCAGGCACCGGCGCGACGGCGGCGACGAAGGGAGCAGCAACGACAACGCCGCCGCCGCCGCGGGGGAGGGGAUGCUGAGCAUCAGCACGGCGAGCGGCCGCGACUCGGCGGAGGUCCGGAGACGGGCGCGGGGGCGGCCGGCGGGGUCGAAGAACAAGCCGAAGCCGCCGGUCAUCAUCACGCGGGACAGCGCGAACGCCCUGCGGACCCACGUGAUGGAGGUGGCGGACGGGUGCGACGUCAUGGAGAGCGUCGCGUCGUUCGCCCGCCGCCGCCAGCGCGGGGUGUGCAUCAUGAGCGGCACCGGGAGCAUCAACAACGUGACGCUCCGCCAGCCGGGGUCCCCGCCCGGGGCGGUCGUCACGCUGCGGGGGCGGUUCGAGAUCCUGUCCCUGUCGGGAUCGUUCCUCCCGCCGCCCGCCCCGCCCGCAGCGACGGGGUUGACCAUAUACCUAUCUGGCGGGCAGGGGCAGGUGGUGGGAGGGAGCGUCGUGGGGACGCUCAUCGCCUCCGGGCCGGUCAUGAUCAUGGCGGCAUCGUUCAGUAAUGCCGCGUACGAGAGGCUACCGUUGGAGGGAGACGAAAGCAACACGCCUCCGCCGCACCUCCAGGGCGGACUAGCAGGACGAGAACAACAACAACAACAACAACAGAUGUUCGGGGACCCGACAUCGUCAUCCUCGUCGAUGUAUCAUCAUGGUAUGACUCCAAACCUUCUCAACCCAAUUCAUCAUCAUCAUCAUCAACAUCAUCAGAUUCCUCCGAAUGAAGGGUAUUGGGCUGGUGGCCGCCCUCCAUUCUAACAAGCUAGCUAAGCUAGUUCUUC